UCGCUAGCAUCGCUUUAGAAGAAGGUAAAUAUUACUGGGUCUUACAUCAGGGAAGCAUAGGAAUUUGUUGUUUACCUAUUCAGCUGCACCUGACAUAACUAUCUAAUAAACCAGCCUAACUGUUCAUAGUCUUAAUACGUCUACUGACCUGUAUAACGUUGUUAUAGAUUUGAUAGCCUUAAAUAUUGUUCCGGCUUAUUUUUAGAGGUUUGCAACGAAAUUGGCUGGCUUUUGUGCAGGCGAAAGAGCUUUAAUUCGAGCUAGUUAGUUCCAAAUCGAAAUUGAAAUCGUUAUCAUAGGUAUCAAUCAGCUCCCAGUCGAAUCUUAAAUUGGAAAGCGUAGCGAUUUGAUAUGGCUGUCACGGUACAUCAGGUCGUCCCCGUGGCAGUCGGCGUUCUGGUGGUGGUUGCCGGCGCCAUCAUUGCCAACUAUCUGCUCAAUAGUGGCAAGAAAGACAAGAGCAAAUCCAGCAAAGAUGAUUCUAAGAAGUCAUCUGGACAGCUACGAACGCUGGUUGACCCGCAGGAAAAGUACAUGCUGCCGCUGAUCGAGAAGGAGGAAAUCUCACACGACACCCGUCGGUUCCGGUUUGGACUCACUUCGAGCAAGCACAUUCUGGGGCUGCCGAUCGGUCAGCACAUUCACCUGUCGGCCACCAUCAACGAAGAGCUGGUGAUCCGUGCCUACACUCCGGUGUCAUGCGACGACGAUCACGGUUUCGUCGAUUUGGUCGUGAAGGUUUACAAGAAGGGAGUGCACCCCAAGUUCCCGGAGGGUGGUAAGAUGUCUCAGUAUCUCGAGAGCUUGGCCAUCGGCGAUAGGAUUGCGUUCCGUGGCCCAUCCGGACGGCUGCAAUACCUGGGCAACGGCAAGUUUUCAAUCAAGAAACUACGCAAGGACCCGGCGCAAAUCUACGAAGCCGAUAAGGUCAGCUUGAUUGCCGGUGGUACUGGUAUUACUCCUAUGCUCCAGUUGGUCCGUGAAGUCCUGAAGCACGCAGAUACAGACAAGACUAAGCUGUCCUUGAUCUUUGCUAAUCAGACCGAAGACGACAUCCUUCUAAAACCAGAAUUGGACGAUUUGGCAGCCCGCUAUCCGGACCAGUUCAAAUUGUGGUAUACCCUUGAUCGUCCAAAACCCGAAUGGACCCAAGGUCAGGGCUUCAUCACCGAUCAGAUGAUCAAGGAGCACCUGUUUGAGCCGUCUUCCAACACCCUGGUAUUAAUGUGCGGUCCCCCACCGAUGGUCAACUACGCUUGCAUUCCCGCACUAGAGAAGUUGGGCUACCAGAUGGAGCGUACCUUCGCCUAUUAAAAAGACCAAACUCUCUUCAUGCGUUCAGUGAAAGCUUUGAAAAGACAUCGUUUGUAGGUUAGUGCACUGAAAGACUCAAACAAGCAUAAAUACAUUGCAUUUCCAUCCAUAAGGUGAGGAGAUCAGCGAUGGUCCUCUCAGCCAAAAGCGUCAACAUCUGAAUAUAAUAAAGCUACUGACUAUCAUCGUUAUCAUUGUCGUAUGCGAUCAAGUGUCCUCAGCUCGCGUUGUCGUUUGCCGUCGCCUGGCUUUAAAGUGUCGAAAUUUCAUGUUUAUCAGAGAUGAAUGCAACUCCAAGCCAAGGUUUCUUCAAUGCUUGAGAGAUUUAGGGUAUUAUAGUGUACCGGGAAGAGCUACGCCAGCUAUGGUCAACGAUAUCUAAACAUAACGCUUCAGCAUACUUUUCCUUAGCAGAUAAAGGUAGUGGAAGGGAGAUUAGAGGUUACUAAUAAGGUAACAAGUACUAUUAGGGCCCAGUUAUUUAUGUAGUGCUGUUUUAACAUGGAGAAGUUUACAAUCAGAAGCGCUUGCUAGUGGCUGUGUCUCGGGCAGUGCAGUUAAGGUAGUCUUGAACAUCAAUCUUUAUAACAAGUUAAGCUACUAAAUGUAGGAUAGCAGUUUAUCCUGAUACAGUUGUAGUGUAUUGAAGUAA